AUGUGGAAUUGUCCGCUCACACUGCGUCGGCGAUGGAAUGCGAUUUUGAAACUCUGUGCUGGUAUGACCAAAAAUGUGGCCCCGUUCAAAGCUCAUUUUGCUGUGGGAAUUGCGGAUGAAAUUAAAGCAUUUCGCAAACGUGUCCGAACAUUCGUCGAAAACUAUAAAGUAUCCGGACCAGGAAAUGAAUCCGAAGAUUUGGACAAAGGAGUUGUCAGUUUGGCUCAGUUUAUGGCCGAAUGUGAUAUUCUGGACGCGCGUCGAGUGGAUUUGCUUAGCAGCGAACGUCUACUGGACUUACCGAUUUCUACCUAUCCGGAAUUAAAAGAAAUGCGGACCGAACUACAGAAGCUUAAACCAAUCUACGAAUUGUACAUUGAACAAAAAAGCGCACGCCAAGACUGGGCUUGUAUUUUGUGGAGAGAUGCAAAGAUUCAAGACUUGGUUGCCAGUAUGCGUGAUUUUGUUGCUCGCUUCCGUCAGAGACCGCGUAAAAUGAGAGCUCUACCAGCGGCGAAAAUGUUGAGCAAUACGUUGAAAAAUUUCCAGGAAUCUUUGUUAUUGAUUCAAAACUUGAAGGAUGAUGCAAUGCGCGAUCGACAUUGGAAGCAAUUAAUGGAAAAGACGGGUAUCAGUUUCGAUAUGGAUCCACAAACAUUCACACUGGAAGGUGUGUUUGCGAUGCAGCUGCACGAGUUUUCCGAUGUCAUUUCAACCGUAGUGAACAAUGCCCAACGUGAGGUGCUCAUUGAGACGCAACUGGAAGAUAUCAAGAAUACUUGGCUGGAAAUGAAAUUUGUCCUCACCGCUUACACGAAAUGCAAUCGAGAACCGUGUUAUGUACUCGGAGCGGUGGAUGAACCAAUUCAGUGCAUGGAAGAUCACAUGAUGAGUCUUCAGUCGAUUGGGGCUAGUCGAUUUGCGACUCCAUUUGUGACGAUUGUGCGUCAGUGGGAAAAGGAUUUGACCAUUGUGAGCGAUACACUGGAUUUAUGGAUCACUGUGCAACAACGAUGGAUGUAUCUUGAAGCAAUUUUCAUGGGUGGCGAUGUGGCCAAACAAUUGCCGCAAGAGGCAAAACGCUUUGAAUCGAUCGAUAAAAUGUUCCGCAAAAUUAUGAAACAAACACAAGAAACGCAGUUUGUGAUGAAAUCUUGUCUAGCCGAUCAUCGUCUAGAAACACUGCGUAUGCUGGAGCAAGAAUUGGAAUUGUGUCAGAAAGCCCUAAACGACUAUUUGGAUGGCAAACGGAAUGCAUUUCCGCGUUUCUACUUCAUAUCAGAUGAUGAAGUACUGAAUAUUUUGGGUGGCAAAGAAGCUCAGAUGUUUGACAAUAUUGGAAAAUUGCGCUUCUCCUAUGCUACGCAUUCAUCCGAUGUGUCGGUCACUGCGCUGAUUUCUUUCGAGGGUGAAAUAAUGGAAUUUAAGAAGCCGGUUGUUGUUUUCGGCAAAGUUGAAGAAUGGCUAACCGCGAUGGAAGCAGAGAUGCAGCGAACCAAUCACUUGAUCACCAAACAGGCAGUAUUCUAUUACCGUUAUCAAAAGUCGCGUGUGGAUUGGAUGUUUGAUUUUCAGGGUAUGGUCGUCUUGGCUGCUUCUCAAAUUUGGUUUACCUGGGAAGUGGAAGAUGUGUUUCGCAGUUUUAAAACCGGCAAUCGAAGUGCCAUGAAGGAGUAUGACAAAAAAUUGGAAGAACAACUCAACGAGAUGGUCUAUCGCAUCCGGACCAAUCUGACACGGAACGAUAUGAAAAAGUUAGAAACUGUACUCAUUUUGGAUGUCCACUCGAAAGAUAUGGUGGAGAAAUUUAUCCGUGACAGCAUCAUGGCUCCGGAUGAAUUCGGAUGGGAAUCACAACUUCGAUUUUACUGGGUUCGUAAAUUGGACAGCCUGGUGAUCCGACAGUGUUCCGCAGAGUUCAAUUACGGAAACGAAUAUUUCGGACUGAACGGGCGUCUGGUUAUCACCCCACUGACAGAUCGGAUCUAUUUGACGAUCACACAGGCUUUAUCGCUCUACCUUGGCGGGGCACCAGCUGGUCCCGCGGGAACUGGGAAAACCGAGACCAUCAAAGAUCUGGCAAAAGCAAUCGGAUUGCUUUGUGUGGUGACCAACUGCGGUGAGAAUAUGGAUUACAAAUCGUUUGCCAAACUGUUGUCCGGGCUGUGUCGGUCCGGUGCAUGGGGCUGUUUUGAUGAAUUCAAUCGGAUUGAAGUCUCCGUGUUGUCUGUUGUCUCGUCUCAGAUCAAGUCCAUUCAAAACGCUUUGCAAGCCAAAGCCGUCACAUUUCAAUUCGAAGGGGUCGAAGUUCCACUGGAUCGAAGAGUGGGUAUUUUUAUCACGAUGAAUCCUGGUUACGCUGGUCGUACAGAAUUACCAGAGUCGUUAAAAGCUCUGUUUCGGCCAGUUGUGGUAAUUGUACCGGAUUUGGAGUACAUUUGCGAGAUAAUGCUGUUCUCCCAAGGUUUUCUCACCGCCCGUGAUUUGGCCAAGAAAAUGACUGCUUUAUAUCGACUGGCAAAAGAACAACUGUCCCAGCAGUACCACUACGAUUUCGGUUUGCGUGCCCUUCGUUCACUACUCGUGAUGGCCGGACAUAUGCGACGUACAAGUCCAUCUUUACGCGAGGAUCAACUAUUAAUGCGUGCACUUCGUGACUCAAAUAUGCCGAAAUUGAUUCGUGAAGAUGUUCCAUUGUUCAUGGGUCUUAUUCAAGAUUUGUUCCCCGGAAUUGAAUUCGAGCCACCACCGAUGAUUGCCGAAUUGGUCGACGCAACCAAAGACGUGCUACAUCAUUUUCAGUAUACUGAAGUAGAUGAACAAAUACACAAAGUCAUCCAACUGCAUGAAACUCUCCAAUUUCGACAUUCUGUUAUGUUGGUGGGACCCACGUGUGGAGGGAAGACAGUGGUGUUGGAAGUGUACUGUCGUGCACUGAAAAUAACCGGCAUCAAUACGAAGAUGUACACAAUUAAUCCAAAAGAUCGAAGUGUGAAUGAUUUGUACGGCUAUCUGGAUCCGGCAACUCGAGAAUGGUUAGAUGGAUUGCUCUCAUUUCUGUUUCGUUCGAUUAAUCAAGUCACGGAAGCUGUUGAGCGACGAUUUCUCACAUUUGACGGGGAUGUAGAUGCGUUGUGGAUUGAGAAUAUGAACUCUGUGAUGGACGAUAAUAAACUGCUCACUUUGGUCAAUGGUGAACGAAUUCGUCUACAACCGUACUGUUCACUGUUGUUCGAAGUGAGCGAUUUACAAUAUGCCAGCCCGGCAACUGUUUCUCGUUGCGGUAUGGUAUAUUUGGAUCCGAGCAAUUUGGGCUAUAUGCCGUACUGGACCAGUUGGAUUAGUGGAGUUCAAUCAAAUGUGAAACAGUAUUUAGAAGCUUUAUUUAAUAAAUACGUACCAGUAAUCAUGGACUAUUUGUUUGAGGGUGUCUUGCCCACAAGUGUGAGCCGUCUGAUGAAUACGAACAUCGGUGCGGUUGACGAAGGGAACAAAGAUGGUCACGAUGCGGAUACCGGACGAGGUGGUGGCGGUGGCGGAAAAGACCAGGCCACCAGUCAGGGAGGGAAAAAGUUCAAGAUGGUCGUCCCUCUGGUUCGAAUGAAUGUGAUCAUACAACUGUGUACACUUCUUCGUAGUCAGUUGGAUAUCGGAUCAAUCCCGGGUUCGGAAAAUUCCGCGUUUGAUAAAAAACAGAGAGAUCCGGAAGUGGAAACUACUGGUGAAUAUACUAAGGCGUCUGCAUUUGCUGAUACAACCGGAACAUCCGUAGUGACCUCGAUUGCAUCCCCUAUUUCUGCGCUGCCUUCUAACACACCCGGCUCGAUAGGUCAGGAGCCGUCCCCGUCGAUGCCAAGCCCAUCGCCACCUCCAGGUCAGCAACCCGUAUCAGCUACCCCCUCGUUGGGCGUAACUGCAUCACAAGGUGUCAGUCGGGAAUCACAAGAAGAGUUAGGCUUAGAAAGUCCAGACGUGUUGGAAAGUGUAUUUAUUUUCUGUUUAGGUUUGGCCAUCACUGGUACUUUGUCGGCUGCGGAUCAGCGUAUUGUGGACAGUUUAAUUCGAGCAUUAGCGAGUCUACCGCAGAUGGACGAGGGUCCUGAAGGUCAAGUACGAGCAGGCUCUCUUCCAAGUCAUCAUCCUAUGCUGAUCGAUUAUAUGUUUAAUGUGGAAACGUUCAACUGGGUUCCAUGGAAAAGCCUGGUACCUUGUUACGUGCACGACACAAGUGUUCCAUUUACCCGAAUUCUUGUACCAACGGUGGAAACUGUGAAACUAAACUGGAUUCUGAAAGAACAUUUGAAACUUCGUGCUCCUCUUUUAGUUGUGGGUGAAACCGGCACGUCAAAAACAGCUACAAUUGAAAGCACCAUGCAUUCACUAGAUUUGGACACGACGAGCACUUUGUAUUUGAACUUCUCCUCACGCACUACGGCAAACGAUGCACGCAACAUGAUCAACGCCAACGUGGAGAAACGUGCCAAAGGAGUGUAUGGACCGAUCCCCGGAAAGACAUUAGUCGUUUUUAUUGAUGAUAUGAACAUGCCCAAGGAAGACGAGUAUGGAACACAACAACCUAUUGCCCUCCUACGGGUAAUCAUUGGCCGUAAUGGGAUGUAUCAGCAAGGCAGCGAUCUUUCUUGGCGUAGUCUAAAAGACAUGACCUAUUUGGCUGCUAUCGGUCCUGCCGGAGGAGGUCGACAAAGUCUGGACCCACGUUUCGUAUCCUUGUUCACUGUGUAUCACGCUCUGCCUCCAUCGGAUGAUAGCGCAUUCACAAUUUUUGGAAGUGUCUUGCUUGGACAUCUGACGAAUGGAUUUACUCGGAAACUGAUGUCCUAUGUGGAUCAGUUUACGAAUCUCAGUUUGCGUGUAUACAAAGAAAUCCGAGAUGAUCUACUGCCUACACCGCUGAAAUUCCACUACACUUUUAAUUUGCGCGAAUUGUCCCGACUACUGCAAGGUCUUCUGCAGUCUUCAUCUGAUCGAUUUAAAGGGCCGAAGAAGUUCUUGCGUCUCUGGAGACACGAGUGUAUUCGUGUGUUUCGGGAUCGAGUGGUUGAUGAAGCUGAUAUGGCCAUUGUAAAUCAAAUCAUCCUGUCGAAUAUGAGUGACAUAUUCCCGGAUGAGGCUAACUACGCGAGCAUGGACCCGAUCCUGUUCGGUGAUUAUUGGGCGGCAGCGAGCGAAGAAGACGCGCGACUGUACGAAGAUAUGCAAGAUUAUGAGGUUUGCAAAGCGGUUGUCGAAGAGCUCUUGUUCAACUAUCGUGAAACCGAGGGAAACAUGGAUGUGGUCCUGUUCAACGAUGCUCUAGAACACUUGGGUGCUAUUCAUCGUAUACUCCGUCUGGAUGGAGGCAACGCAUUGUUGGUGGGGGUCAGCGGUUCCGGGAAAAAAUGUCUUGCCUGUCUUGGCGCCUACAUUGCCAAUGCCAAAACAUACGAGAUUGUCCUGCGACGUGGCUAUGGAGAAAAUGAGUUUCGUGAAGAUUUGAAGAAACUCUACUCCGGCAUGUCAUCCACCAAAUCGGACUAUAUGUUCCUGCUUUGCGAGGAACAUAUCCGUGACGAAUCUUUCUUGGAACUGAUCAACAAUAUGCUCACCACCGGGUUUGUCAGUGCAUUGUUCAGUGAAGAUGAGAAAGACGCAAUACAACAGAAUAUCUGGACAGAAGCCGAAGCUCGAAUUCGUGCGGAAGCCAUGGCGAGCGGGGCACUCAAUGUGCCCGUGAACAAGGAGACUGUGUGGAACUACUUUAAAGCAGAUUGUGCUUCUCGGUUACAUAUUGUUCUCUGUAUGAACCCUACCGGGGACGCUUUGCGUACUCGAUGUCGUGAUUUUCCGGGUAUUACCAAGUGCACUACCAUUGACUGGUAUUUCCCCUGGCCAGAGCAAGCUUUGUACGCAGUCGCCUGCAGUCUGAUUGAUCCCAAGUUCAGUCAAGUGCCUGCAGCACAUUGGGAAGCGGUUGUGACGAAUGUGGUCAAUAUCCAUCGAUCCGUCCAAACGGCGUCGGCCGAUUUUAAGCGACAACUGCGCCGAAUCAACUACGUUACGGCAACCAACUAUAUUUUGUUUAUUAACGGAUUUCUCAAGCUUUUAGAAAGCGAAAUAAAUGAGAAUAUUGCACAACAAAAACGAUUACAAGGUGGAUUGGAAAAACUCCACGAGACUGCAAUUCAGAUCGAUCAGCUCAAUGUGAAAUUGGCUGUGCAGAAGGUUGUCUUGGAAGAGAAAACCACUUCCUGUGAAUCCCUGAUGAGUGAGAUCAAUGAAUCAACCGAAGUGGCCACAGCGAAAAAGACCCAAGCACAAGAGAAAUCGGUGGAAUUGGGUAAACAGGCGAAAGUUAUUGUGGCUGAAAAAGGUGAGGCCGAAGCCGCGCUGGCCGAAGCACUUCCUGCAGUCGAAGCAGCUCGGCAUGCUUUGGACGAUUUGGAGAAAAAUGAUGUGACAGAAAUUCGAGCAUUUGCUACUCCACCAAAGCCGGUGCAAAUGGUCGGUGAAGCACUGUGUCAUGUGCUUCAGUCCAGCGAGAUCAGUUGGAAAGCUGCACGUGGCCUGAUGGCAGAUGCGAACUUUAUCAGUAUGCUUCAACAGUUAGAUGUGGAACAAAUCCCGGUGAAAAAUAUACAGAAUUUAAAAGACCUGAUUGCUAAGCGAAAGGUCACCUACGAGGAUGUUCGAUCGGCUAGCAAAGCCGGUGGUGGAUUCUACAAAUUCAUCCUUGCGGUGAUCACAUUUCAUGAUGUGGCGCGUGAGGUAAGACCGAAACGAGAACGCGUCAAAGCAUUGGAACGCGAGUAUAACAAGGCCAAACGUGAUCUGCAAAAGUUGAACGAUGAAGUGGCCAGUCUGGAAGGCAUGCUUGUCUCACUGCGACGCCAGUUCGCUUCAGCUCAAAUGGAAAUGGAAAAUUUGAAGAAAGAAAUGGAUGUGAUGCGUCGUCAGCUUAUGGCUGCGGAAAAACUAACGGAAGGCUUGGGCUCCGAAAAGGAACGGUGGAUUCAAGAAGUAGCCUCUUUGGGCCGAGAACAAAAAUGCAUUCUGGGAAACAGUCUGAUUGCAUCCGCAUUUCUGUGUUAUCUCGGACCAUUUACCACGGAGUUUCGUGACCGUCUGCUCGUGAGAGACUGGCUCACCUCGGUCUUACAGGAUGGGAUCCCCUUGACCGAUGAUUUUCGCGUCACGCAAAUGCUGGGCUCUGAUGUGGAAGUGGCAUUGUGGAAUUCGCAAGGUUUGCCGUCUGAUGAAUUGAGUAUUCAAAACGCUAUCUUGACCACGAAAGGACCAACGUGCCCGGUAUGUAUUGAUCCUCAAGGACAAGCAUCACGUUGGAUAAAAGAAAUGGAAAGGAAUACCAAAGACGAGUCUCGUUCGAUUCGGAUUACCACACAAAACGACCCAAAUUUUCUGCGUACUCUGGAAACUGCAAUCAAGCUUGGAUUACCAUGCAUGAUUGAAGGAGUGGAAGAGACACUGGAUCCGGCACUGAACAAUAUUAUUGCGCGAAAUAUCCGAAAGGAAAAGGGACGCGAGGUGGUCAUGAUGGGUGAUCGAGAAGUGGAAUACGAUCACGGUUUCCGACUUUACAUUGUCACAAAAUUGGCCAAUCCUCACUUCUCAGCAACUUUGUAUAGUCGAGCUUUGGUGAUCAACUAUACAGUCACUCUGACUGGCCUGGAAGGCCAGCUGCUGAGCGCUCUAGUCAAACAUGAACAUCACGAACUGGAGGAACGACGUGAGGCUUUGAUUUUAGAAACAAGUGAAAACAAACGCAUCUUGAAAGAAUUGGAAGAUAGACUAUUGCUUGAACUGGCCACACAGACUGGCAAUAUUCUGGACAAUUGGGAACUGAUUGGCACGCUGGAAGACACAAAAAGCAAAGCAGUAGAUGUGAGCAAACAAUUGGCUCAAGGUGCAAUUGUUGCGAAAGACGUCGAACGUCAGCGAGACUCGUUCCGACCGGCAGCAAGACGCGGUGCCAUCCUAUUUUUCGUACUGUCCGAUCUGUCUAUGGUUGGGCCGAUGUAUCAAUUCUCUUUGUCCUCCUAUUUGUCGGUGUUCCUCAAAGCGUUGAAAAAAGCAAUGCCCCAUAGUUCGUUGCCAAAACGGUUGAGCAACAUCAAAAAUGCGCUCACAUAUGCAACAUACUGUUAUGGUUGUAUGGGAAUCUUCGAAGAACACAAACUGUUACUUUCGUUCGAAUUAGCGCUUCGAUUGCAACAAGAUGAAAAUCUCAUUCGUCCCAAAGAAUUGGCCUUUCUAGUGCGUGGAAAUGUGGCCCUGGUUGAAAGUAGCUUCACCCCGCCACAUUCAUGGAUUCCCGAAAAUGUGUGGCGUGAUGUGAUCUACUUGGCUGCGUUUCUUCCUCGACGAUUUGGCAAAUUGCCCAAAGAUGUACUUAAUAAUGGUGAUGUAUGGAGACAGUGGUAUAAUGCCAAAAAUCCGGAAGCACUGCGUUUUCCAGGACGUUAUGCGAAGCUUCUUCCGUUCGUUCGACUCUGUUUGAUUCGGUGCUGGCGUAUGGAUCGCGUUCAGAGUGCGGUCACUCAUUACGUGAUCAAGGUGUUGGGUAAGCAGUACGUGGAACCACCGAUCACCAAUUUGGCUGAUGUACUUGCCUCCACGACACCGAAAAUUCCCAUCGUGUUGAUCGUUCAACCAGGGUCGGAUCCACAAAGUCAGUUGACCAGUUUGGCUCAGUCGUUGGAUUUAGGACACAAUCGAAUCAAGUAUUUGUCGAUGGGUCAAGGACAAGAACCGCACGCCGAAAGUUUGUUCGUUCAGUGCGCGACUCGCGGGAAUUGGCUGUUGCUGCAAAACUGCCAUUUACUCAUUCGUUUUAUUGCUACCCUGGAAAAGUUGCUAGAUGACUUGAGCAAACCGCAUCCAGAUUUUCGUUUGUGGAUUACAACAGAGUUGGUCUCUAACUUCCCGAUCGGAAUGCUUCAGCGCUCGUAUAAAGUUGUCAUGGAACCACCAAGCGGUUUAAAACAGAACCUGAUCGCCGGACUGAGCAAACUGUCACACGAGCAAUUUGUGAGCUGUGCACAUCCAAAUUAUCGGGCUUGUUUGUUCACACUCAUAUUUUUGCAUUCUGUACUACAAGAACGACGUCGGUUUGGCAAAUUGGGGUGGAAUGUGAGCUAUGAUUUCUCGGACUCCGAUUUCCUGGUCUCGCUGCGAAUUGUACAAAUCUCAUUGACCAAAUCACAUGAGACCAAAUCGGAAAUUUCUUGGGAUACUAUCAAAUAUUUGAUUGGCGAAGUAAUGUAUGGUGGACGUACCAUAGAUAAUUACGAUCGACGCGUACUUACCACCUAUAUGGAUGAAUAUUUUGGCGAUUUUCUGUUUGACACCUUCCAACCGUUCCGAUUUUAUCGAGACGAGAAAGUGGAAUACUUUAUCCCCGAAGAACCGACUGGGUUUGCGAAUUAUAAAGAUCUUUACAUGGAAUAUGUGGGUCAUCUGCCCGGAAGUCACAAACCCGAGGUGCUCGGCUUGCAUCCGAAUGCCGCAAUCGGUUACUCCGUUCGAUUUGCUCGUAAUCUUUGGUCUAGUCUGCUUAUGUUAUUACCAGAGACAGAGGCUGUCGGUGGCAUACCGUCGGCCCAACGUAUGAGUCAAGUGGCAUCCAUCACAAAUCCUCAGGAUAAUGGCGGUGAACAGCCAGGCUCUUCCACGUUACCUGACAACCAAACGCAUCAGCUCAGUGGUCGAUCUCAACCGGAUCACAGUGAUGGCCUUGCGGCUGGCACGACCAGUCAAGAUGGAGUAGCAUCUUCGAUUGAUAUGGAUCACGCGGGCGGAACUGGAGCAGCAAGUGGCACGUCGGAUGCAAUGCCAGUUGAUCAGUCCAGCGGUCACGCUCCGGAAAGUGUCGAUGCAGGCAGUGCAAGCGAAGAUGAUGAGGACGAUAAUGGAGAAGGUCACGAAAGUGACGAAGAGAUGAGUGAAUUAGGAGGUCGUCGUCAUACGUCAGCCUCAAUUUCAACCACAGCUCGGUCUUCCAUGUUGUCGAUUACUGAAGCAUCGGGCGGAACUGGAGGUGUGGCUGGUGGUGCUGCGACUUCUACAGGUCGGGAGGUGAUGAUUGGUCGCAUGGCGGACAGUUUGCUAAACCGUUUACCACCUCUGUUCGAUGUGGAUGGACUGCGAAAGAAACAUAUGGGAACAGAGGUAUCGCCAACAAUUGUUGUCCUGAUGCAGGAACUAGAUAGAUUCCUAUUUAACUUAAUUUUGGGUAAAAUUAACAGUUCAUUAAAUGAUUUGAAAAAAGCGCUGGCUGGGAAAAUCGGCAUGUCCGAGGAGCUGGAUGACAUAUCGCGUUGUCUAUCCAAUGGCCUGCUGCCAGCCAGUUGGCGUCGUCUUGUACCUCAAACGGAGAAAUCCUUACCGGAUUGGAUUCAACAUUUGUUACGCCGGGCUGACCAGUACAAAAAAUGGAUGGCCACAGGGAAAAGCGAACCCGCUGUUAUGUGGCUUUCCGGUCUACAUUUGCCACAAUCCUAUCUGACUGCGUUGAUUCAAAAGGCUUGUCGAAAACACGGCUGGGCAUUGGACAAAUGUGCUCUGCAAACCGCAGUCACCGAGAUUGCUCCCGAGGAGGUUCACACGGUGUUGAUGGCACCGGAAUUGGGCUGUCAUGUGAGUGGGCUAUAUCUGGAGGGCUCAGCUUGGAGCAUUGAGAAUGGAUGUCUGGUACGUCAGAAUCCACGCAUGUUGAUGCAAGAAAUGCCAGUGGUACGUCUCACUCCGAUUGAAAGGCACCGACUAAAAUUGACUGGCACCGUGCCAGUCCCCGUAUACAUCACAAGUCUACGACGAAAUGCUAUGGGUGAGGGAUUUGUGACUGUGUUGGACUUACCCACGACGGAGCAUCCGUCUCAUUGGAUCCUUCAAGGAGUGGCAAUCCUACUCAACACGGACUAA